ACACACCGAGACCGGAGGAAUUAGAUCCAGAGCGCAGAGGAUCCGGAGCCCCCACCCCCGAGGACACGGUGGACUGGAUCCAUCUGUUGAGGCUGGAUUACAGGAGUAAACGCUUCGCUGUGAGGAAGCAUGUGUGUGUACCAAUGAGUCCGACACACACACCGACGCUCAGACCCCCCGUCCACCCCACGGUCCCCCUCACGAGACGCCGAUGAGGACGGACGUCCGCCCCCAACAGGGAACAUGAAGGGCUUAUCAGGCGGGCGUGGCCAGCAUCAUCACCUCCCCUCACUUCAUUCGCCGUGUGGCCCGGUGGAAUUCGAGCGAGCUCACGACUACCAUGGCGUCCAUCCGGCCGACAUGCGCCACACGUACCUGCUCAGCCCCACCGAGAGCCUGGGCGUGGAGUACCAGCAGCGCCAGCGCUACUCGCCCCGGAGCUCCAUCCACUCGGACUGCAUGAUGCUCUCGCCCACGGUCUUGCAGCCCGCGCCCGCCGGCGAGCACGUCUCCAGCAGCACCUUCCCCCGGAUGCACUACGGCUCGCAGUACUACGACGCGCCCUCGCGGGACGACUGCGCCACCAUCGCCACCUCCGCCGUGCCCGCGCCGCCCUUCACCUCGCAUCACCCCGCCGGCAAGGGCAACCGCAUCCCCACCAACCUCAUGGAUCAGUUCGAGAAGCAGCGCCCGGUGCGGCGCGACGGCUUCCACACGCUGCAGUACCAACGUGCUUCCGGCCCCGAGCAGCGCAGCGAGAGUCCCGGGCGGAUCCGGCACCUGGUGCACUCCGUCCAGAAGCUCUUCACCAAGUCGCACUCGCUGGAGGGCUCGUCCAAAACGAAUGGUGCUAAAGGCGGGGACGGCGGGGCUCACCAUCACGGCGCCCACCACCAGUCCAAACCCGGAGUCAAGCGCAGCAAGAGCAAGGAGCGCAAGCACCGCUCGGGGACCUGGUGGACCUCGGACGAUAACCUGGACGCCGACGUCGCCUUCCGCGCCCCCGCCGGCGUGACCCGGCAUCACGCCAGUCACUGCGUCCCCGACUCCGGGCGUCAACACUUUGGUGACUACUCACUCAAAACCUCAAAGAGCAGCAACGACGUCAAGUGCUCGGCCUGCGAGAUCGCCGCCGCCCCGCCCGAGGGCAAGUUCAUGAAGAGGAGCUCCUGGUCCACGCUCACCGUCAGCCAGGCCAAAGAGGCCUACCGAAAAUCCUCGCUCAACCUGGAGAGGCCCUCCGACCUGAAGUCGUCCCUGCGGCCCGGCCCCUAUCUGCAGGUUCCUCAGGACGAGUGGAGCGCGUACCCAGGGAAGGACGAGGAGAUCCCGUGUCGCCGGAUGCGCAGCAGCAGUUACGUGAAAGCGAUGGGCGACGACGAGAGCGCCGACUCGGACGGCAGCCCCAAAGCGUCUCCUCACAAAGCCGUCCGCCCAGAUGCCCUCAUCCUUAAAUCCACCAUUCACAGACCUCACAUAGAGAGCCAAAGCCAAGGGUACCACAUGCAAACAGUGAGAGACCUGCGACCUCACCCCGGCACGUCCCUGGACCCGGCCGCCUCCUACCACCCCGCCCAGUACCGCUCCCGCAACCAGAGUUACAUGCGCGCCGUCAGCACCCUCAGUCAGGCCAGCUGCCUGAGCCAGGUGAGUGAGACUGAGGUCAAUGGGCACUAUGAGUCAGUUUGCGAGUCCGUUUUUAGCGAAGUAGAGUCGCAGGGCGCGGAGGCCCUGGACACGCCCGGCUCCUUCCGCACUCGGAGCCACAGUUACCUGCGUGCGAUUCAGGCUGGGUAUUCGCAGGACGACGACGGCUUGCCUUCAAUGACAUCCUCCACUGUCACUUCAACUCUCAGAUCCACCACAGAGGGCUAUGAAGGCACGUCCUUGCUGAACGAGGACAUGAUAGAAGACGACGACGGCGCCAGCUCCUCGGCGUACCAGGAGCUCGAACGCUUCGAGAGAGAGAACGCCGCCCGGAGCCAUCACAGCACGAGCUCCACCGUAACGGCCAUCUCCGUGGCUCCCACGUGUUCUCCGCCCGUGUACCGCAUCCCCGCCCCGACCCCCUCCAUCCCCGAGCCGCACGUCCCUCAGGCCAUUCAGGCCUUCAAGGAGUCCGCCAACAUGGUGGCGGCCUUCAACAUGCAGUGGAAGGAGGAGAUCGCGGCCAUGCGCUACGAGCUGGCCGAGCUGCGCCGCGACGUGUGCAACGAGCUCAAGACCUUUAACAGCAACUUCUUCAACUUCACGCAGUGCUACAACAUGUGGACGCUGUGCCGGGAGGUGGCGACCGGGACGUCCGGACAGUCGGGCGACAGGGUGUCGGUCGGCAUCCAGACCAACAAUAACGCUCUGGUCCGGCAAAGCACCGCAGACGUCUCGGUCAUGUGCCAGCCAGAGCCGGCUCGCUUUAACAUCUUCGAGGUGAUGAGGCCGCCGAGAAUAGAGAUCACGGAAGGGACGCCGGAGGGACCGUCAACCUCUAACAGUCCCUCGAGCCCGGCCAGUCCGGCGAGUCCCACAGACCUGUCGGGUCAGAGGCCGCUGAUGGAGACCAAGCUGGACACCGCGGGCAGGAAGAAGAAAAGUCGGAGUCGAGCAGAAGGGCAGAGGAGUCACAGUCUGGAACUCUGGUGCAGGAAGUACACUAGCGGUCCCAUGUCCUACCUGUCGCUGUCGUUCUGAUCCCAAACCUGCACACGGGGACCAGGCAGGAGCCGGCG